UUGAGGGCAGAAAUGGACGACGCGAUGGACGACGCAAUAGACGACGCAACUAAUGAUGAAUUAUGGGACGACACGAGAGACGACCGAACGGAUGACACGUCAACGGACGCCACCGAAUCGGGAUUCGGGCGCUGGGCGUCACUCUCGCGGUCACAUUAUUCGGUUGUCGUUCUGAACGACAGAUUAAUGUCAGAAACACUUUUAUCGGACGACGAUCCGGACGACGACUCCGAAAGUGCUUUUACCGUCCGAAGACCACCGAAAACAGUGCGGACGGAUUCGGCUUCCGACGAAUCGGCGGCUGAAGAAGAGACGGGAAGUGCGGGUCAUACUAGAGGUCAAUGGCCAGCAGAGAAGCGGAGCGAAGACUUGAAAAACGCGACAAAAGUUGAGAAAAACCGGUUUUCAGAGCAUUCCUUGGCGUCCAUUGACCUCAAAGUCAACGAACUUUUGACUCAAUGCAACCCCAGACCCCCAAUCCCACCCCAACACCGACCCAACCCACCAUCGACUUUGGCUGCACUUCUUAACAAUCCAUGUCUACCGCCUACACCUCCUUCUUCAGUUUGUGGAUCAGAUUCAGAAGCGACGGCUUUAAGACAAAAAGCGGCAAAGAAAGCGGUUUUGGGAGGGAUUUGUCGUUCUCAACUGAUUUCAUCGCUUCCGAAGAAUGCAAUCCAUGGAUCAGCUGUUGUUCUGACAGAAGAAGAGAAAAGAACUCUUUUAGCCGAAGGAUAUCCGAUUCCACAGAGAUUUCCGUUAACUAAGAGUGAAGAAAGAAGUCUUAAGAAGAUUCGGCGGAAAAUAAAGAACAAAAUCUCGGCUCAAGAGUCGCGAAGAAAAAAGAAGGAAUAUAUGGAAGAAUUGGAACGAAAAGUACAAACUCUGGACUCAAGAGUUCGCGAAUUGGAAAAAGAAAACAAAACUCUUAAAAAUCAAACUAAAGUUUAA